AGCUGGCACAGUCAUAGAGGGUGGAUUGUUAGCGCAGUAAGGACGGACCGGCGGCUGAGGUGUCGCUCGGGCUUCCGGCCAGUCUCCCUCAAAGACCCGUGAAGUCCAGUCGCAGGGCAGUUAGCGGCUGCAGAGCUCUUGGGUGAGGGGACCGCGGCAGUGGCGGCGGCGACCCCGCGGGCGGGAUGUUCCGGGAUUGGAGCAGUUGGUUGGGCCUGAAGCAGCCCGAGGGGGCGGCGGCGAAAGAAGAGCAGCCCGGCGCGGACCAGCCGUUGGCAGGAGACGCACCUCCUGAGGAGCACUCCAAGUCACCGGCGGAGCCCACCGAGGUCGAGCAGCAGCCUACGGAGGACCCAGCGCUCCUCCACCAGGCCAAAGGCCUUGGCAGUUAUUUGUUUAACUUUGCGAGUGCUGCCACGAAGAAGAUAACUGAGUCUGUUGCUGAAACAGCUCAGACAAUAAGGAAAUCUGUGGAAGAAGGGAAAAUAGAUGGCAUCAUUGAUAAGACCAUUAUAGGGGAUUUUCAAAAAGAACAGAAAAAAUUUGUUGAAGAACAGCACACAAAGAAAUCAGAAGCAGCUGUGCCACCAUGGGUUGAUAGCCAUGAUGAAGAAACAAUUCAACAACAGAUUUUGGCUCUAUCAGCUGACAAGAGGAAUUUCCUUCGUGACCCACCAGCUGGUGUGCACUUUAACUUUGACUUUGACCAGAUGUACCCUGUCGCCCUGGUCAUGCUCAAAGAGGAUGAGCUACUAAGCAAGAUGAGAUUCGCCCUCGUUCCUAAACAUGUGAAGGAAGAAGUAUUCUGGAGGAACUAUUUCUACCGCAUCUCCCUAAUUAAGCAGUCAGCCCAACUCACAGCACUGGCCGCCCAGCAGCAAGCCUCUGGAAAGGAAGAGAAAAGCAGCAGAGAGGAUGAUUUGCCUCUGACAGAGGCAGUACGGCCCAAAACACCACCUGUCGUAAUCAAAUCUCAACUAAAAACUCAAGAGGAGGAAGAGGAAAUCUCUACCAGCCCGAGCGUUUCUGAAUUUGUCAGUGAUGCCUUUGAUACCUGCAACUUAAACCAGGAGGAUUUAAGAAAAGAAAUGGAGCAACUUGUACUUGAUAAAAUGCAAGAUGCCUUGUGUCAUGUAUUACAGUUGAAUGAAUUGUUACAAGUAUUAUUAAUUCAAAGAACACCUUUCUUACCUCUCCCUUUGUUUCCUAUAGAAGAUUCUGCCGAUUGGGAAAAGGAGCUACAACAGGAGCUUCAGGAGUAUGAAGUAGUAGCAGAGUCGGAGAAGCGAGAUGAAAACUGGGAUAAAGAAAUUGAAAAGAUGCUGCAGGAGGACAAUUAGCUCCAAACCAAUUCUUAACUUUGUGCUGACAUUAAAUUUUGAUGCUUGGUGAUCAGAAAGUACAAAGGAGUGUAACUUUAUGUAAUUUGAAAUUAUUCUUUUUCAAGCUAAAACUUGCCUCUUCUAAAGUAUAUAGAACAGCUAUUGGAAUAAUCGAAAAAUAACAGGAUAUUGUAUGUAACAUUUCUUAUAAAUCAAAUUAGCAAUGUUGUCAUAGGCAGCAGAGCUAGCUAUGCCACAGAAACACAGUAAAAAUACUAGAGUUUGUUUUUCACAAGGUUGGCAACAUAAUUUCUUCUUUAGUUGUGGUUUUCUAAGCAUACUCAUUGCCUUUUUGUUGAUACAUGGUUAAAGUACUUACUUAAUGGCCUAAUUACUAUCAGAAUGACCAAAUUAUACCAAAGAACUCAAGAGAAAGCACUUUCAAAACUAUUUUCUUGACAGAUAUUUUCUAAAGUUCUGUUUGAAAGCCAAAAGCUGAGAUAAUUAAGUUCGCUUGAAUGACAUAAACAUCACUCAGUUCUAGGUUAAGAAACACUGCAGAACUAGAGAUGUGGUAGGCACUUACCUGUCAUUCACAAUUCUCCAGUUCCAACUUCAGUCCUUUUUGUAUUAAUGACCUUCAAGAAGUCUAUUUACCUUAAGGUUUGUUCUCAUGGUAAUGGUCACUAUGUAUAAAUGUCUUAACUAAAUGAUUAGCCUUGGGGCUGGAGAGAUGGCUCAGUGGUUAAGAGCACUGACUGCUCUUCCAGAUGAUCCGGGUUCGAUCCCCAGUGCCCACAUGGCAGAUCACAGCUGUAGCUCCAGGAUCCAACACCCUCACACAGAUAUACAUGCAAGCAAAACACCAAUGCACAGAAAAUAAAAAUAGAUUUAAAAAAUAAAUAAAUAAAUGAUCAGCCUUUAUAGAAUGGUCUUCCUUGGAGUAUAACUUCUAGAACUUGCUAAUUAAUCCUUGUAUUCGGCUAUGCCAGCAGGCAUCUGUUCAUAGAAUGUGAUCAUUUUAAAAGAGGAAGGUGAUUUAAUGUUAGAAAAAUAACUAGCAUUCACCUUUUGUAUUUUCACAGCGCCUUUAUUUCAUAAGGGGUAAUAAAAUCAAGACAUUUCUUUAUAA